AGAUGAUAGUACGGUACCCGACCCAUAGUUCGACGUUUUUGACCGACCCGAUUAAUUGGAGAAGACGCAGAUAACGUUCGAGCCUGUAACUUGUAGGCUACAAGUUGUAGCCGAGGAUUUUUUUUCUUCCUCGCCUUCCUUCUCCGGUCCGUUUUGAGUGAAGCAGAAGAUGGCGACCGGUUUAGCGGUAAACCGAUGCUCAAUCUCAUUAUGCAGAACAGCCGAUGUUUUACUAAACCGGCCAACGGUCUCCGUCGUCAGGAACUUGAAACUCAAUCGCCGGCUAAUCGGAAACUGUUCGAUUGCGGCGGUUCCUUACGUCGUCUCGGACGACGAGAAGUACGGUAACAAACAGGUCAUCAGCCUCACUCCUCGCCUCUACGACUAUAUCCUCUCCAACGUUCGUGAGCCCGAGAUUCUCAAGCAACUUCGUGAAGAGACUGCCAAAAUGCGAGGUAGUCAGAUGCAGGUGUCUCCUGAUCAAGCGCAGUUACUAGCAAUGCUUGUACAGAUUCUUGGAGCAGAGAGGUGUAUCGAAGUAGGAGUUUACACGGGGUAUUCAUCAUUGGCUGUGGCGUUGGCUCUGCCUGAAUCAGGACGUCUUGUUGCCUGUGAAAGAGACUCUAACUCUCUUCAAGUUGCUAACAGGUAUUACGAGCUUGCCGGAGUCUCUCACAAGGUUAUUGUGAAACAUGGUCUUGCAGCAGAGUCAUUGAAAUCAUUGAUUGAGAAGGGUGAAGGAUCCAGCUAUGAUUUUGCAUUUAUCGAUGCUGAUAAAAGGAUGUACCAGGACUACUUCGAAUUGCUUCUUCAACUUGUCAGGGUUGGUGGAAUCAUCGUGAUGGAUAAUGUUCUUUGGCAUGGACGAGUUGCGGAUCCUAUGGUGAAUGAUGCGAAGACCAUCAGCAUCAGGAAUUUCAACAAGAAGCUAAUGGAAGACGAACGCGUAAGCAUUAGCAUGGUACCUAUUGGUGAUGGCAUGACGAUAUGCCGCAAGAGAUAAUCCUCCUUUUAAAAUCCCAGUGAGCCUGAUCGAAGGGAAUCAAUGAAGCUGAGCACUACAGUUUCUGUAAACCGUUCUUUUGUUUGGACAGGAGACACAGUUCCGAGUGCAUUCUAGCACAUAGUCAGUUGCUAAGCCUUUUUGACAUUUUGGACAUGAUUACUUUAAAUAGAAUUUAAUCAAUGUUGAACUUGCAUAACCUUAAACACUAAUGAGACUGAACAAAGUCUUUGAUCUUUAA